AGGGGGAAACGAAACACAACACAACAUAAAUAAAUCGAAGGAAAAGGGUGGUGGCUGGAACGGUGAAGAGAGCGAAACCCUAAGCCAGAGAUGGCGGAGCAUUUAGCAUCGAUAUUCGGAACUGAGAAAGACAGAGUUAACUGUCCAUUCUACUUUAAGAUCGGAGCUUGUAGACAUGGUGACCGCUGUUCUCGUCUUCAUACUAAACCCACCAUUAGUCCCACUCUUGUUCUCUCAAAUAUGUAUCAAAGACCUGACAUGAACCUUAACUUCAUCAACCCUACCCCUAAUCAACCUCAACAACCUCAACCUCCUCAACAACCUCAACCUGAAUCUCUUGACCCUGACAAACUCCAAGAACACUUUGAUGAUUUUUAUGAAGAUCUAUUUGAGGAGCUAAGCAAAUAUGGUCAAAUUCAGAGCUUGAAUAUUUGUGAUAAUUUGGCUGAUCACAUGGUUGGCAAUGUAUAUGUUCAAUAUAAAGAGGAAGACCAUGCUGCUAAUGCUCUGAUGAAUCUCACUGGAAGAUUUUAUUCAGGUCGACCGAUCAUUGUUGACUUCUCUCCUGUUACGGAUUUUCGAGAAGCUACAUGUAGGCAGUAUGAAGAAAAUGUAUGCAAUCGAGGUGGCUACUGCAACUUUAUGCAUCUAAAGAAGAUUAGCAGAGAUUUGCGAAAGCGAUUAUUUGGAAGAAGUAGUAGGCGUUGGAAUGACCGUAGUGGAAGCAGAAGCCGUAGCCCUCCGAGGAAUCGUAACUAUGAGGGGCGUUCAUAUUCUGGUCGUGGUUCUGGUAGAAGGGAUUUGGACAGGUCUCAUGGCCACCAUGGUAGGAGGCCAAGAAGCCGUAGUCCUCGUCAUAGAGGAAAGCGAAGUAGAAGUCCAGCUGGCAGGGACAGGAGUCCAAAUCCAAUAAGAGAAAGAGAAACUAGUGUAGAAAGGAGAGCAAGAAUAGAACAAUGGAACAGGGAGAAGGAAGUUGAUGAUUCUGGUAACCGGGACACUAAGAGUAACAAUGAUUAUGAAGAGCCGAGCUUAAAAAAUGGCAAUGAGUCGGGUAAUCAUCAGAUAGAGUAAGAAGAACAGUGAUUUGAACCAAAAUGAAAAGACCCUGUAAUAAUUGCUGCAAGUAAUCUGGUUUGUUUAGUCUGCACCUAUCAAAUUGGUUGUAGUUUUUUUUUUAUCAUGCUAUUUUGAUUUCUGAAUUGUCUCUUAGAUGAAGUAUUUAAUUUUGAUAUAGUUCAGCAGUGGAUAUUUCAUUUCUGUAAUUGAAUAGAUGUUCCAUGAUUACUAUGUUGGAGAUUAUGUGAAUGUUAAGAGAUUUAAGUGUGAACCAA